UCAGUGAUAGCGAGCGAGUAUUGAGAGAUUUGCAAGCUCAAUGAAAUUUGUCGGCCUUGCCUGUCAUAGUGUCAAUAUACGUCCGUGUUGCGCUUCACUCUUGUUGCGGCUUUCGGCGUUUUGUUGUGAAUGAGAAAUGAUACUUUUUUUCCGCAAUGUAAAUAUAAGUAGACAUUACAUGUAACUGCCUCAAUAUUGUUUGUGCAAAAGGUUUUAACGCGAUGCCUCCUGUCAAUUCAAAGGUAAAAAAGAGCGGCGCUGAAUAUGAGAACAUCAUUGCUAAGAAGUGUACGGCACUGGAUUUCGAGCAAUACAUUCAGGAUAAUAAGACCUUAUUACUGAAUGAUCCCCUCAGGGACAUUCUCUUGUAUCCAACAGAUGAUGUGUCUAGUGUUGUUCUUCCUCGACGCUGGAGGACAGUGACUACAGCAGUUCCAGAUGUCAGGACGGCUGCGACCUGUCCUCUCCUCACCAGACAAGCCCUACUCAGCUAUGCAUCUAGUUGGAACCUCAUACAUUAUAAAUUUAGCAAUUACUCGGGCACUUACCUCAACUUACCCAGGCCUAUUGAGAACAAAUUUCCGGAAGAGGUGUAUGAUAUCGACGCCGAAACGGAGAGCGAUAAUGAGACUCAAGCCGCGAAGUUGGACCUCGGUACCAAAGAAGGGCACUUGCUCAAGGGACCCGAAAUCGGCUCAGAUAGAAUAUUCAGUAACCUUGCUUCAAAAUCAUUUAAGAAACGUUAUUGCUCAAUGCUUAGAGAGGCCGAUGGCACGUAUAUACUUGAAGUGUAUAAGGACGAGAAGAAAAUUGAUACAAAGCUAACCAUCGUCAUGGAUUUUUGCUCAGAUGUUGUCAGGAACCCGAAACGGGGAAAGUAUUGUUUUGAACUACGAAUGUCCGGUGGCAAGGGUUAUACGUUUGCAGCUGAAAAUGAGGACGAAGUAACUGAAUGGAUUAACGCCUUUAAGGCGGCAUUGAAGAAGAGCCAAGACAGCCAGGAAACACACCAAAGCGAUGAAGCUUUAGAUAAAGAUGCCGACGUGUCGUUAACAGCCGAGCCUCCGCCCCCGACAUACGGCACUCUGAAAGGCCUGGAGCACAGCAUGAACCCGCUGCUCAUGCGGUACUCCCGCGAGACAGACAUGUCUAUAGCCGCCGCUCGCAACGAGUGCCGUUACAAUAUCUUCAGCAUGCCGUAUAAAAGGGCGCCUUCCCCUGAACCUCAGCUCGAACCAUUCAAAGAACAUUUUGGCCAAAGAAUCUUGCUCAAAUGUGAAAGCUUAAAGUUUAGGUUACAAGCGCCGAUAGAUGGCGAUAAAGAGCUUUUAUGUCAAGUAGAGCCAUAUUACACGUACCUUGCGUUGUACGACGCGAGGAGUGGAAGGAAACUCACGGAGAAUUUCCACUUCGACCUCAACCAUGAUGCUGUUAAGGAUCUAGUCAAGGAGACGGAGUGCACCAAGUCAUUAGUAGAAAAUUUUAGUUACGAUGUUAAGUUAGACGUUAAACAAAUACCCGAGGAGUGGUUUCGGUCGAAGAGACAGGUUAUGCUAUCCGUUAACAAUCCGCACCCAGAUUUGUUUCUGGUUGUGAAGAUAGAUAAGAUCCUCCAAGGUCACGUGAGCCAAGUAUUAGAGCCUUAUCUCAAAGCCACUAAAGACCCAAGGCUUGGCCUCAAAGUCCAUAAAACUGUUCAGGCGUAUGCGAACCGCGUUGGCACCUACAGAAUGCCGUUUGCUUGGGCAGCGAAACCUUUAUACAAAAUGUACAGCAACGAUCUUGAUCUGACGCCUGAAUUCCCAACCAUAUACCGCCAAGAACCAAACAAAAUGUCAGACGAUGAUCUGCUAAAAAUAUUGUCUGACUACCGCAAAUCGGAGAAAAUGGCAAAACUUACUGUGAUACCCGGAUGGCUAAGCAUUAAUAUCCAGCAAAGCACUGAACAAGUACCAAAUUGUAUGACGAACUCAUACGCGGCUUUGAAGCCGUUCCCGCUCCCCCCUGCAAUGCCGCUCACGGUCGAGCUGGCGACGCUGAACGUGGAACCCGAGCAGCCGUACGCGGCGUACAUACAUCAUCUGUACGUCCGGCCGUUGUCUUUGAAUUUUGAAUCUCAGAAAAUGUUUGCAAGAGCCAGAAAUAUUGCUUGUUCUAUCGAAUUGAGGGAUAACGAUACUGGGGACAAUAAAGCGCUGCAGGCGGUGUACGGGAGAUUCGGGAUGACGUCACAGUACAGAUGUUCUGUUCUUCACCACAACGCAAAUCCUUCUUGGUCGGAUGAAGCCAAGAUCCGACUACCAGCUACUUUGACGCCCCAGCAUCAUUUGUUAUUUACUUUCCAUCAUAUAUCCUGCGAUCUUGCAAAGAAAAAUGACACUAAUGUUGAAACUUGUAUUGGGUACGCCUGGGUGCCAUUGAUCAAAAAUGAUAAGCUGGCGGAUGAAAUCGUAAACUUGCCUAUAGCCACACACUUACCUUCUGGUUACUUAUCUAUUCAGCCGCUUGGACUCGGUAGAGGGAACGCUGGUCCCGAAGUAGUGUGGGUGGAAGGGGAGAAACAGCUCUUCCGCUGCCAACUGGUUCUCGACUCAACAGUAGCAACGAGAGACAUACAUCUGCACAACUUGUUCAAUCAAGCUGAGAGGCUGAUCAAGUCCAGUUCGCCCCCCACGUCCCCCUCCCCGCCGCCUUGGAAUGACGUGUGUAACGCGCUCAAAGCUGCGCACGCGAUCAAAUUGAACUCGCUGGUUGCGUUCUUGCCAACUAUCUUGAACCAGCUGUUUGAAUUGAUGACCGUCGAAAAAAGUUACACACAGGACAUGGGUUAUCAGAUUGUGAAGUUGAUAGUACAUUUUGUUCACAUGAUACAUGACUACGGUCGCAAGGAUCUACUUGAUAGCUAUGUAAAGUACGUAUUCAACUGCGUGGAAUUCAAACUGCAUACAAUGCUGACAGCCCCACUACACAUGUUCGUCGACCCCAACCAGCCAGACUUUCUAUUGGGUAACAAAUUCAUGCAAUACUCUGGAUUCUUCUUCGAUAUUAUUACGAAAAGUAUGGCCCAGUAUCUAAUCAAUACCGGAAGAAUUAAAAUGUCACGACACGAAAGAUUUCACGGUGAUUUAUUGGAAAAUAUUGAGAAAUUAGUUUCAACGGUAGAGCCUUCAUACAUAUUACAACAACCGAUGCAAACCCAUAUAUUUAAUAAGAAUCUUGCCACGUUUCUAAAGUCUUGCCUAUCAUUUAUGGAUCGAGGGUUUGUGUUCCGGCAAAUAAAGAAAUAUCUCGACAAGUUCAAAGCGUGUGACCCAAAAGCUCUCUUCGACUUCAAAUUCACGUUCCUACAAACAAUUUGUUCUCACGAGCACUUUGUGCCUUUCAAUCUACCGUUACACGCUAAUAAAUUGUCGAAAGAUGGCGAUGAAGAUCCUGCGCAGCUGAAACUCUGCGAAGAGUUUAUAAUGCGACACUUUCUUGCGGGAACCCUACUCAAUCAAGUUGAGCAGUCGUUACGUGAAGCGCCGUUAAAGCGUAAAGCUGCUUUAAGUGUCUUGCGGGCGUUGUUGACUAAACAUGAACAUGAUGACCGGUAUAGAAGCCGGCAGUGCCGAGCUAGGCUUGCGUAUUUGUACUCUCCGUGGCUUACUAUUGUUCUUGAAAACGCCCAUCGUCUUAUUACAAAGAGUCUGGCUAGUCCUCUAGUUGAGAAUGGGCAUGACAAAGUAGAUGGCGAUGGUACUGUGAACCCAGUGUUAAACAGUACGCAGAAGGAAGCGGCGUCAGCUAACAGUACGCCGAGACGGAAUCGGCUGACUCUACACUUUGAACAUACGCCGGUCAGGAAUUCUGCGCAUUUUAAAGAACCGCCGUCUAUACCAUUGAAUAAUAUGUAUGGAAAAGAUCACGCCAGCAACAUGUCGCAAAGCUCUUUAGAAUCCGUUUCUACAAUGUCCGGUGGUGACUCUCUACCUAGAAAUAUGGGCCGUCUAGACUUGAGUGAACUUGGCGAUCAAGUUAAUAGGUUUGGCGUAAUGUCGGCUGAAGAAGUUCGAGACGUGCUGUUGUGUUUCCUCUUCGUGUUGAAGUAUUUGGACGAUGAAAGACUUGUUGAUUGGUGGAAGUCUCUAUCUCAGGCACAGCAACAGUCGUUCUUCAAUGUUUUAGAAAUAUGCGCCGAACAAUUCCAAUAUACUGGUAGAAAGAAAAUACUUUCAGAAAUGAAAGCAACAACUCCUGAUUGUAACGGCAAACCUAAACCUAUGAAAGCGCGAACUUUACCCGCUAGGAUGAGCCCGCCAGACUUCUCCAAGGAACCUCCCAUCGUUGUGGAGAAGAAUAAUACGGUCAAUAGAGAAAACCUUGUGAAUCCGUCAGUUACUACUGAAUUGGAAGCUAUAGCAGAACACACAGUGCUUUCAGCGAGUUUUCUCGCUACAGAGGUUGGUCUCAUACUAAUUGAUCGCGCCUGUCUCUUUAUGAAGAACUUGGGAGCAGCUGACGGUGUCGCCGCGAAGCCUUAUCUGAAACUACUGCAAUACCCGCAGAGCGAGACUUUAUAUAAACACUUGUUUGCCGCAUUGAGAGCGUAUAUAAAUCAGUUCUCUGAAACGUUAUUCGAGGGCGGCAGCUCGGUGUGCUCAGGCGUGGUGGCGGCUGUGGUGCGGCUGUGCGAGGCGCGCGCCGGCUGGCUGCGGAGGGAGGCCGCCGCCGCGCUCUACCUGCUCAUGCGGGCCAACUUCCAGCACGCCACCGGCGGGGACCUCACCAGGGUGCAUCUGCAGGUUAUAAUGGCUGUCUCAAAACUGCUCGAUAACUCUACGGCACUGAACUGCAAACGCUUCCAAGAAUCUCUUUCAGUGAUCAACUGUUUUGCGACCGGUGAUAAAGCCAUGAAAGGGACUGGUUUGUCAAGUGAAGUAGCGGAGCUGAUGCGUCGAGUGCGUACUGUCGUCGGAGCGCGGGCUCGUCUCGCUGGAGUAGGAGGAGCGGGGGCAUCAGGUGCUGGCAGCAUUCAGUUAGCAGAGUUACAACACGCGCUGGCCGCGUCUUGUCGCGCCACACCGCGACUUAGACACGCGUGGCUGUCAAAUCUUGCCGAACAUAACGCCCGACAAGGGGACUAUGAUGAGGCUAUGUGCUGCCAACUACAUAUUGCUGCGCUGAUAGCAGAAUACCUAAAACUAAGAGGAACGCAACAGUGGGGCGCCGACGAAUUCGCCGAGAUAUCACUCAACAUACCUCGAGACGAAACCGGCCUCAAAAUCGACGAGGGUAUGACAGACGUCCACUACAACGAGCAAGCCCUCCUCGACCAGCUCAUGGUUUGUACGGAAGCCGUCGACAAGGCAGAGAGAUAUGAACUCUUGGGACCCUUAUACAGGCUCAUAAUACCGAUCUACGAACGGCGUAAGGACUACCAAGCUCUUCUCACCUGUUACCAACACCUAACCAAAGCGUAUGCCAAAGUGAUCGAAGUCACGAACUCGGGGAAACGACUCCUCGGUAGAUUCUAUCGCGUUGCUUUCUUUGGGAAAGCACAUUUUGGAGAAGAUGAGGAAGGCAUAGAGUUUAUAUACAAAGAGCCGAAGCUGACCUCUCUAAGUGAAAUCUCAGAGAAGCUGCAAAACUUUUAUGAACAGAAGUUUGGUUCAGGAAACGUGAAAAUGAUUAUGGACUCAGCACCUGUAAAUCGCGAGGAACUGGACAGUAAACUAGCAUACAUCCAAGUGACGUGGGUCCGGUCGGCGGGCGAGGGCGUGGCGGCCGCCGGGAGCGGGCAGGGCUCGUUCGAGCGCGCGCAUAACGUGCGUCGCUUCGUGUACGAGACGCCCUUCACCAGGGACGGCGCGGCGCGCGGGCCCGUGCAUCAUCAGCGGCUCAGACUUUCUCAUCUUACUGCGGAAUCUUGGUUCCCGUACGUGAAGCGCCGCGUCCCCGUCAUCGACACGCAAGUUGAGGAGAAGAGCCCGAUAGAGGUCGCUGUAUCAGAGAUGGAGUCCCAAGUCACAGAACUAACAGAGAUCGUCAACGCUAAAGCUCCUGAUAUAAAGAAACUGCAACUUAGGUUACAAGGCAGCAUAUGCGUGCAAGUGAAUGCCGGCCCGCUCGCAUAUGCUAACGCGUUCUUAGACCCGACACUAUCACCGAUGUAUCCAGACGAUAUGGUUGAUAAACUGAAGGCGAUUUUCAAAGAGUUCCUCACGGUAUGCCAUUCAGCGCUGCAACUGAACGCGAAGCUUAUCAGCUCGGACCAGGUGUCCUAUCACGAAGCCCUAGAGACGAACUACUACAAGCUGAGCCACUCUCUCUCAGGAAUGCUCGGACAAGACCUACACGAUAUACUUCUCAACGGAAACCUCAGUACUACAGUCACCGGUGUCGAGUUAGAAUCGAGUAAUGCUUGAACUAUGACGUCACGCGGUGCCAUGUACUAUCUGAUUUGGUAUUACUAUAUUAUUUGGUCAAAGAUACCUUUACACCUCACACUUUUUGAGCUAUACCUCAAGUUUCUCAAAGGCUCCUGAACUCUUUCUUUUUUUGACAUUCUCCAGCCAUGCGAAUCAUAGAUGGCGCCACGGUAGUCAUCGCUUCAACAUACAUAACAUAUUCAUAGGAGAGGACUAUUGCUGGACCUAGAAAUAAUAGUCAUACUCCUUCAAAACAAAUAUGGCACCGUCUAUAUUCCAAUUUAUUCGUAAAAAGUAUGACUGCUGUACAAAAUGACUUGGUAAUAUCCUUAAAUUACCAAGAUAUUUCUCAUACAUACAGCGGGCAUUCAAAUAAGCACCAUUGUAACAGUACCGUAACUAGUAUUAUUCAAUGCUAUUAGUAGGUGCAAGUAUAUAGUUCCUGCGCAGUUUUGUCUUUGUAGUUGAUGAAUGCGCACUUUAAUAAUCUCUGAAGUAUGGACAACUGUCAAUUUCCUCUCGAGACAAGUAUUCGAAACGGUUCGAAGUAUUUAUGAAAGGAUAAUAUUUUGAGAAAUUUACGAAUGCCAAUUUUAGAAUCCUCAGUGUCUUUACACAAAAAACACGACGAUACAGAAUUUUGAACAAUUUAAUUCAUAAUUAUAAGAUACGUCUCCAAUAGUAUUACAAAUUUCACGUAAGCACUGUUUAAACAACCGGUCUUCCUUAUUGAAUAGGUUAAGUCUAAUUAACCUUACUUGUCAAGUCUCAUCUCGAAACAUAGAUCAAAUACAGAUUAGGUUCAUUAAUAAACAGUCUUUCGAAAGUUGAGGAAAAUGCAGAUCUGAAGAGAUCUUAAAUUAAAUUCAACCUUGAAGAGGAUAAAAAUAGAAUUAUCAAUCAUCACCAGACACGUCUUUAAAGUUUAUUGUUUGUCGGGCAGUGGUGACCGACGCAAUAAUAAGUACUUGUUUUUAGGCCCUACCUUUUAUUAUUAACCUUUCGAUUCACAGUCCGUUUUGUCGUGAAGGUAUAUUACCGUAGAUUAAGCCCGUUUUUGAGUCCUAUCACUAACAAUAAAAAUACAAUACGAAAUUUGAUAAAAAUACGUAGGAAUACGUAGGUACUUAAUGUAUCGACUUAUAAUAUAGUACAGUAACGAUUUUUUACAAAGCAACGUGUAGUCCAGCUAGCCUAAUAUUAAAUUAAAAGUAAAACUAUCCGGUCAUAAACAAUAAGCCAAGUCAAUUACAACCUCCAUCCUGCGACGCGGACAUUUCUAAAAGAAUUAAGAUCUGAACAAAACCAAGUGCCAUGACUGAUGUUUCUCUCUUAUACCUUAGACCUAUUCCUAGACUAGUUUUCUAGUUACUAGUUACGAGCACAGAUAUCUAAUUGUAGAUAGAACUUUUACCCUCAGUACGACCUAAGAUUAUCAAGUCGAAAAAUCGACUGUUUGUGACGAUUGCCAUGCUUAAAAAUAAUCUAGUUUAUAAGAAUUUUUCGUCCCGAUUUCAUGUCCUUUUAUAUAAAUAUAUAUACCGAUUUCGUCAAUAACGUUAAGUCCAAAAUUUGAUGUCCUAUUUAAGAAUUUUGUUUUUUGAAAUCGCUAGUACAUAGAUAACUUAUGUAAGUAACAAAAUUUAAGAUUUGUUUAUAAACAUAUGAUGUAACAUUUGAAAAUCUGAACAAAAAACCUGUGUUAAUUGUCGUAUGUUGUAAACAUUUUGUUUCUUACCGAUAAUUUGUUAUUUUUUUAAUCUUUACUCUUGAUUAGUUCUUCAAAUGUUGGUAGGUGUAUAAAAAUAUCACAUGCUACAACUUAUUAUUAUUAUUGUCUACUUUUCCGACUGCUCUUAUUGACAAUAGUGCAAAUGGCAAGUUAGGACGAGCCUUGAUUAGCAUGGGCUGAUUAUGGUUCUUGACGUAUUGACUGUCAAUUAGUAUUGACAGUCAUUACGUACGUACUAGCAAGUUUUAUUUUAUUUUUUAAUAUUUGAGCUGUCACGAAACGAUUUUACCUCGUACUUAAAAAAAAUGUGCGACCACAAACGCGUGCAUUGUAACUAUCGUAUUUUUUUCGACGUAUUAAGAACAUUCUUAUUAUUAUUUUUAAUGUAAACUAUAAACUCAAACCUGAUGUUAAGUAUAGGCGAACAUUUUUAUUUUUUUAUCAGAAUUUUAAUAUUCAGUUAGAUACGUUUUUAUUGAUUUGUGUAGUUUAUCACGCAAGUUGUACGUCUGAUUAAUUUAUUUUGUUGUUUGUCGUAUUAAGGUUUUAAUUUUAUAGUUCUAGUAUGCGCUGAUAACGCUAUGCGCACAAUUAACUACCACGGAUACCACUAUCAAUUCUUUGAUUUUGUUAUAAGAUGAUAAUUCGUAUUUAGACCAUAUUAUUUAUUGCAAUAGAGUGAUUUAAAAACAUUAAACCCUAUUAAUGAAGUAAAAAAAAAUUGAUAGAUACUCAUGAAAUGUCAUCAACAUUUUUGAAAAAUAUAAUAUUAUAUAAACACGGAAACAGUAUCAGGACAGGAUUUGUCAUUAGAUUAAAGUCGAUAAUAAUUUUAUUUUACUACGCCUAAUCAUGGCAACGUAAAAUAAAAUUCUUUUUAUACUCACAUUUGUACUGACAAGGGACCGUAACUCAUGAAAUGAAACACGAUUUGCACGCACCGUAGUUUGCCUGUACCAGCUAAAUAAAUAACUGCACUUUAUAAAUAAACUAGGAGUUACAGUCGCAAGUCAUACCCUUAACCGUGGUAGUUACUUAGUUCUUAAACCUAUGCUACAAAUUAUUCUUAUUCUUACUACUAUGUACUUUGCUUGAUAAGGAAAACAUAGGCCGUGCUAUACACGACUUAACUAUUUUUUUGUUUUUUUUAUACCGAAAAGGUGAAAACCGACAGUAUAUCUAGGCUCCACUGUGUGUCUGUCCUUCCGUCCGUCUGUCACCAUCAAUAUUUACCGUCUUUACGGAUCGUAACGGACGUUUAUGGAUAAUCCAUCGACACAAGCUAUUCGGCGGUUUCGAAUGGUCAUGGUCGCUGGGUCAAACAUUUGUUGUUCCAUUACAUUAACGGAAAAUUAUGUACGGUACGAAAUACACUACAUACAAUUCUAAACAAAUAAAACAACGUGAUCAUGAAGUUCCAUAAUUAGGAAUAUGUUUUCCUUACCAAGCUUUGCUUAAUCUACGUUUAAGUCCAUAAACGUCUCUAUAAUACUCCAUUCCAUUGCUUAUUUAUUUAAAUUAUGAAACUCUUUCAUAUGUUGAAAGUAAAAUAAUAUUUUUACCGUGUACCUUUUUAUUACAUAUUUCAAAACAAAAAUAUAUUUCUUAAUGCUUCGCUUGGGCUAUUAUAACGUUACACAAUUAUUUAAUUAAAAAUUACAAUACAAUUUACAGCCACUAAAUUAUUUGCCUAUUAAAAACUUUGUUGUCACAGCAAAAGGUACUUAAAUAAUAUCAUAUAUCAAACGUAACAUAUUUCUAAAUCAUAUUGUAGAAGAAAAUCAUGUAGUCGAAAUUUACUUCAUAAAAUUAUGUACAAUGGUCAAUCAAUAUUUUAAACUAGUUAUUUAAUGUGAUAAAUAUGUUUAUUGGAUUAUUUAUAAACUGUAACACCAAUUACUUGUGAUUAACAUCUGUAUGUGUUAAAUUAUUUAUUCUUGUGUCGUCGACAAUAGUUACGAAAUUAUAUUCGAUUUGAUCUUUAUAACUGGCUGUGUUGUGGGUAGUCAAUGUAUUUUCAAUGCCCACAGUAUCGAUGAAUACUGUGUGUCUAGCAUGAGUUUUUUAACACUGGUUGUUAUAAACUAGCAAAUUUAUACCAAGACUUAUUCUGAAUCUUACUGAAGUGUAAUCUAAAUUUCAUGUUUUAAUACAUUUUAUAAAAAUACAA